UAAAACCAGAACAAGCUGAUAAAAGUGUUCACGCCGGGAAUAGGCCCGGGGCUUUUAUUCGGCCUUAGUCAACAUACUAAGGUGAACUAAAAGGUGGUGCACAAAAUCUCACACAGUGCUAUCGCUUAUGGUGUUAACGUCGAAGCGACCUAUUACGAGUCGAUGACGGUGUUCUUCAGUGAGAUAGAAGGCUUCACAAAGUUAACAAGCAAGCUACAUCCCAUGGGCAUCAUCUACGUUCUGAACGAAAUAUACGGCGAUUUUGACAAGUGUUUGGCAACGUAUGACGUGUAUAAAGUGGAGACUAUUCGAGACAGCUAUAUGGUCGCGUCCGGAGUACCUGAGCGUAAUCACAAGCAACACGCUGCGGAGAUCGCCAACGUGUGCAUGGACCUGAUGCGGAUAGCAAGCAAGAAGCACAUUCGUAGCGAUAUAAUGGUCAUUAUGGACUCGUCAGAAAUAACGACACUGCCGCUCCGUAUUGGGAUUCACUCAGGUCUGUGUAUGGCUGGCGUAGUAGGCCUGAAGAUGCCCCGGUACUGUCUCUUUGGCGACACAAUAAAUACGAGCUCCAGAAUGAUGACUAGUGGUCACGCCUCGAAAAUUCACAUAAGCGAAGCUACUAAAAAUCUUCUUGAUGAGACUUUUCCAAACCAGUUUACUCUAGCAGAGCGAGGUCUCAUUCCUAUCAAGGGAAAGGGAGAAAUGUUGACAUUCUGGUUGCAGUCUGGCCCCGGUCAGCCAAAACCAAAACCAGAACAGCUUCAAACGCCAGAGCAGCAGUAAAUGUUGAUUUGUGAUCUGUUAUAGGUGUGUGUGCGUGUAUGUGCGUGUGCGUGUACUUAUGCGUAUGCGCGUGU